AUGCCGGCUGUGGGUCCGGCUGAGUGGAGUGUGGCCGACGUCUGUGAGUGGCUGGAGAAGGAUCUACAGCUGCCCGCUUCUGUGGCCCAAGAGUUCCGCGCCAACGCGGUCGCGGGAGCAGACCUGCUGGAGCUCAGCGAUGAUGAUCUGACAAAGGAGCUGCACUGCACGGGCCUCCAGGCUCGCAAGAUCCGCAGCUCGCUCAACAAGUUGGGGUUCAAAGCGCCCGGCGGCGCGGCCCCGACCGCGCCGCCAGCCCCUGCCGCGGCUGCGCCCCCGCCCCCGGCUGCCGCUCCAGCGGCACCCCCUCCAGCGCCUGCCGCCCCGGCGGCGGGGCAGCCAGACCCUCGCUCCUGCUUCGCGGCGGCCGACCUGCAGCGGUACCGCGACAUACAGGCGGCCAUUGGGGGGCUGGAGGCGCUGCAGAUCCCCAGCAAGCUCAGCCAGGCCCGCCAGUUCACAGGCAAGGUGAAGCAGUCGCUGGAUGGCGUGCAGCAGGCGGUGGCGGGCAGCAAGCGGGCAUAUGAGGAGGCGGAGAUCGAGCACAAGAAGUACGUUGUGGACGACAAGUGGUACCCCGGCAAGGUGCUGGGCGGCAAGGGCAAGCAGGAGGAGAAGAAGGAGGCCGCCGACGCGGCGCUGAAGAAGGCCGCCGACCAGCUGCGCAGCAACGAGGGGCAGGCGGCGGCGCUGCAGCAGCAGCUGGCCGAGGCGCAGAAGCAGCAGGCGGCCUGGCAGGGCAAGGAGUCUGAGCUGGCCCGCGCCAGGCGCGACCUGGAGGAGCUGGUGGAGCGCAUGUUUGCCUCGCCAGCCUGGCGCGCCUCCCCCGCCAUGGCCGCCAUCGAGGACGCCAGCAGGGCGCUGCAGGGGCAGGCGGCAGAGGCGGCGCGUGGCGUGUCCACAUACGGCCGCGGCGCCCAGCUGCUCAACAGCGCGCUGGGCCACCUGCAGGAGGCGAUGCAGGGCCUGAGCCGCACCCAGGCGAUGGCGAUGGCAGAAAUGAUUACAAUUCGCAGAAAUGACUUUAUGAUGAACAUGGCGGAGAUGGCAAUCUACAGGAAGGCCAACGAGGCCUGCUCACAGGCUGCUCAGCAGGCCGAAGAGGCUCGCAGCAUCCUCGGCCCCGGCCUCCCCCGCAUUGACCCGGGCCUGCUGGCUGACGCCAAGCGCGGCCUGUUCAUUCAAAUGCUCAUGGGCGGCAUGGUCAGCGACAUCAUGCAGAUGAGGGCCAUCCGCCAGUCGAUUGACAAGGUGCAGCUGAUGCUGCAGCAGGUGAAGCCAGCCGCUGCCUGGGCGCAGUCCAACCUGGCCGUGUACCAGCACAAGGAUGCGGAGCUCAAGGGGCAGGCCGCGGCCAAGCGGCGCGAGCUGGAGGGCCUGCGCUCGUCGGCGCUGCAGACGGCGCUGGCCAGCACGCAGGCGGGGCCUGGCGCGGUACCGCCGCUGGAGAAGCUAUCGCUCAUCUGA